GCGGCAGGCGCCGCGGUAGGCGGGCGGGCGCGCGGCAGCAUGGAGGAGCUGAGCAGCGUGGGCGAGCAGGUCUUCGCCGCCGAGUGCAUCCUGAGCAAGCGUCUUCGCAAGGGCAAGCUGGAGUACCUGGUCAAGUGGCGCGGCUGGUCCUCCAAACACAACAGCUGGGAGCCAGAGGAAAAUAUCCUGGACCCACGGCUGCUCCUGGCCUUCCAGAAGAAGGAACAGGAGAAGGAGGUGCAGAACCGGAAGAGAGGCAAGCGGCCCAGGGGCAGGCCACGGAAGCACACGGUGAUGUCCUCCUGUAGCCGGCACUCCAAGCUCAAGGAACCUGAUACCCCCUCCAAAUGCAAAUCCAGCAGCUCCUCCACGUCAUCCUCGUCCUCGUCCUCGUCCUCAGAUGAAGAGGACGACAGUGACUUAGAUGCCAAGAGGGGUCCCCGGGGCCGCGAGACCCAUCCGGUGCCUCAGAAGAAGGCGCAGAUCCUGGUGGCCAAGCCAGAACUGAAGGACCCCAUCCGGAAAAAGCGGGGCCGCAAGCCCCUGCCCCCGGAGCAGAAGGCAGCCCGGAGACCCGUGAGCCUGGCCAGGGUGCUGAAGACCGCCCGGAAGGACCUGGGGGCGCCGGCCAGCAAGCUGCCCCCUCCGCUCAGUGCCCCUGUGGCUGGCCUGGCUGCCCUGAAGGCCCACGCCAAGGAGGCCUGCGGUGGCCCCAGCGCCAUGGCCACGCCAGAGAACCUGGCCAGCCUGAUGAAGGGGAUGGCCGGCAGCCCCAGCCGCGGCGGCAUCAGCUGGCAGAGCUCCAUUGUGCACUAUAUGAACAGAAUGAGCCAGAGCCAGGCCCAGGCCGCCAGCCGACUGGCGCUCAAGGCCCAGGCCGCCAGCAAGUGCAGCCUCGGGCUGGACCUCAAGGUGAGGACGCAGAAGGGGGAGCUGGGGUUAAGCCCUCCAGGAAGCAAAGUCCCAAAGGCCCCCAGCAGUGGCGGUGUGGAGCAGAAAGUGGGGAACGCAGGGGGCCCCACACACGUCCACAGCAGCAGCAGGGUCCCCGCCAGUUGCCUGGGCCCCCAGCCUAUACCCACCCAGGAGCUGAGUCUCCAGGUCUUGGACUUACAGAGUGUCAAGAAUGGCACACCUGGGAUGGGCAUGGUCUCCCGCCAUGCCACUGCCACCAAGAGUGUCCCUGCCACCACGCCAGGCACUGGGAAAGGCGGUGGGGCUGGCCCCACCGGGGGCAGCGGGCCUGGCAUGCUGACCGACACCAGCAAGAGUGAGAAGCUGGCCUCCAGGGCAGCAGCUCUGCCCAGCCCUCCAGGCAAGAGGGACUGUGUCAAGGGCAGUGCAGCCCUCGGAGGGCAGGAGCUGGGCCCUGGGGCCCCGGGAGACGGGCGCAAGGUGGCCAUGCUAUCAGAGAUGAGCACCGGUGAGGAGAACAGCAGCUCCGACUCAGACCCCGACUCAGCCUCGCCCCCCAGCGCUGAGCAGAACCUGUCGGUGUCGGUGCAGACCAGCCAGGACUGGAAGCCCCCCCGCAGCCUCAUCGAGCAUGUCUUUGUCACCGAUGUCACCGCCAACCUCAUCACGGUCACGGUGAAGGAGUCCCCCACCAGUGUGGGCUUCUUCAGUCUAAGGCAUUACUGACUCCGCAGCCGCCGCUGCCGGGGCCUCCCCUGCCCUUCUCUGGCCUCUGGUUUUCUUCCAAUAAGUGACCCCCACCCCAGAUCCUCUGCAGGGGCUGCAUGGCCUCCUUCGAGAGCAGGCGUGGAAGGCCUCCUGGACCCCGGCCUUGCUGUGACAUCGGGCCAGGGCGCUCCCUUGAUGCCUUGCCAGGGCCUGGCCUGGCCCUGUUCCUACCUCUGGGCCUUCACUUCGCUUCCUGUUGGCCUCAGGAAGUCUGGGCCGCCACCUGCAGCUGGAGCCAAACUGAACUGCCUGUGAUGACGGUGGUCGGUUUUCUUCCCGAUUUCCCUGGGACACAGGUGUUAGAGGAGGGAGAUUCUGAUGCGGCUUGGCUGUUCCUGCCCAGUGGUGGCAAGAGAAAGUGUACUGGGGGGUAGGCGAGAGUAAUAACUGCAGCCCCCAUUGUUGGGCUGGGAGGGGCAAGUCCUAGCACUGUUGCACCUGAAGAGCCUCAGAGUUUUGGGGAGCAGGAGAAGGGUGUCACUCUAGCUGCCCUCCUUUUCUGCUGGCCUGUGCGAGGACUCCCUCAGUCCUGUCUCUGGCCCCACAGACUGUCCCCAGCGCCUGAGGAAGGAAGGAGUGAGGGCAGUUGCUGGACGUGGGUCCCCCACGUCCUGCAGGCUGCCUGCUGUUGUGUAGGGGCUUGGCCGUAGUUCCCAUCCAUGGAAACGGCACCACCUUUCCCUGACAAUCCUCCCACCUUUGGGAGUUCCAUGUUCUCAGCUGAGGAGCUAUAGCCCUGUACCACUUGGGAAAUGGGACAAAAUUGGAGUGGCCCUCCUGGCAGAGGGCCCCCAGAAAGGCUGCAUCUGCCAACCCAACUGCCCCCCUCAGGUGGCCGAAUUAGGAGCUAGCUGCCUGAAUGGCUCCUGACCAGCGUCAGAACUGUUAACAGAGAGGUGGGUCAGUGCAUGGGGUCAUAGGUCUUUGUGAUGCCAAAAAGAAAAAAGGGGUUUGGGGGGCUCCCUUUCUGGUUUCAGUUAUUGGUUAAAGUCAACCAGUAGAUGUGGGGUUCUUCCUUAAUCCCCAAAGCCUUGAGUGCAGGGGACAGCCCAGACUUACGCAGUGGACUCUGGUUCCUGCUGGAGGGGCCUGCUAGAGCCCCCGUCUCCGCAGUCCCUCACCCUCCAUGCCAAAUAGGACGACAUGGCUUUUGUGUAGCCAAAACAAUUUCAGCAGUGUGCCUUUGGGGACAGCUCAUGUCCAGGACCUCUGAGGGACAUCCAGAUGCAGCAGGAGUGGUGCCCACCUUGGCAGACUUGAGGGCUUGGAGUCCCAGACAACCAGGCGGAAACUGGAAAGUGGGCACUGGAGGGAGACUUGCCCCUCCUCUGUCUCAGCAGGGAGCGACUCCAGCUCACUGCACAGCCUGAAAGAAGGAUCCCAGCAGACUGGGCCAUGGCUCCAGCCUCCCCUGUCCCCAGACACCCAGGUGCCCCCUGGGUAUGACUAUAAAGGGGCCCCCCUAGGCUGCCCCCCCCCAAGGGGAGCUGACGGCCUCCAGGCUUUGCGGCUUCUUUCCUGCUGGCACCGUGCUGCCUUAAGAGGCUGCAGAGCCAGACCAAGAGCAGCUCCCCUGCAAAGCCCAUGGGGCAACCCUGGGCAUCCAGGAGCUGUGGGCUGACCUGACACCCCCAGCAGCCAGGUCUCCAACCCCGACUUGGUGCCUUUCUGUUUACCAGCUAUUUCAAUCCCAAAGUUUGAAUCUGCAAACACCUUACUCCAGCCACUUCUGGCUGUGUUGUGUUUUUCUUGUUUGUGACGCCAAGCAGUUUGUGUUUAUGUGGGCGCGUGUGCAGGUGUGACAGCCUUCGCUGGAGUUGGACCAGGUGCUCAGAGUUGGUCAUGUUUACCAAUAAAUAAAAUUAGUACUUUUUUAUUUGCUGCUAUGUGUGUGUGUGCACGUGUGUCUAACCAUCAGUCACACAUCCAACGAGAUUCCUUGUUGGUUCGUUUUGCAGGGGUUCCAACCUACGUGACUGCGUGGAAUGCAUCCCGGUGUAUGUUGAAUGGGUAUUUUAAUCCUAUCGCGUCUUUCUGUUUGCUUCUGUAAUGGGUAGGAAGAAAUGGCUAGUCUGUCCCCUUUAAAGGGUUUGCCAUAUUUCUAUGUAUCUUUUGGUACCAAAAAGAGUGUUCCUUUGUAAAUUUGGUACACUCAAAGUUCUGGCCUGACUAAGGGCUCUGGGCCUAGAGGUUUCAUUAGGAAAAAAAAUUGGGGAAAGGACCAGAGCUUUGGACCGGUGCCAAUCACUGGCAUGAUCUGUGUUUUUUAAUUUUUUUAUAAAAAGCCAAAUCAUUCAUGUAUGCCACUUCUAAUUGCUUUAAACUGGCUGUUUGUUUGUUUUCUUAAAAGAGAACAAAAGUGGAUAUGUUAUUACCCUGGGCAACUUAAGAUCUUUGUUGAAACAGGACAGCAGCCCAGCCCCCAUUUUCAAUCAGGACCAGUUAAAGGAUGUGCUCCCCCCAGGAAGCCCACUGUGCUUGGGGGGAGAGGGUAGGUCGAGGGGACAUGUAGUGCCUAGAUGCCCAGAGUUUUGCUCACAUGCACCUAAAACUUCUGUGCAUUUUCUAGUAUUUUUGGAAAACUAACACUAGCAAUAGGUUGCAGAUUUUUUUUUUUAGACUGAUGUUAAUUUAUUUGGCAGGGGAAAGACAUUAGCAAAUG